CUCCGCAGAGGAUCUGUUGCCGUCAUGUCGGCUGCAAUUGCAGCGCUGGCUGCGUCCUAUGGUUCCGGUUCAGGGUCCGAAUCGGACUCGGACAGUGAGAGCGGACGGUGUUCCCUGCCAGCCGCCGACUCCCUCAUGCACUUGAGGAAAUCAGCUUCGACCAAGCCCUCUCUGGCAGUGGCGGUGGACUCGGCUCCGGAGGUGGCAGUUAAGGAAGAUUUAGAGACUGGAGUUCACCUUGACCCUGCUGUCAAAGAGGUUCAGUAUAAUCCUACCUAUGAGACCAUGUUUGCUCCUGAGUUUGGACCAGAAAAUCCCUUUAGGACACAGCAAAUGGCUGCCCCUAGAAAUAUGCUUUCUGGAUAUGCUGAACCAGCUCAUAUCAAUGAUUUUAUGUUUGAACAACAAAGAAGAACUUUUGCCACAUACGGUUAUGCAUUAGACCCUUCAUUAGAUAAUCAUCAAGUGUCUACUAAAUAUAUUGGUUCGGUAGAAGAAGCUGAAAAAAAUCAAGGUUUAACUGUGUUUGAAACUGGUCAGAAAAAGAUAGAAAAGAGGAAAAAGUUCAAAGAAAAUGAUGCAUCUAAUAUUGAUGGUUUCCUGGGACCGUGGGCAAAAUAUGUGGAUGAAAAAGAUGUAGCCAAACCCUCAGAAGAAGAACAAAAAGAAUUGGAUGAAAUCACAGCGAAGAGGCAGAAAAAAGGCAAACAGGAAGAAGAGAAGCCUGGGGAGGAGAAGACAAUCUUACAUGUUAAAGAAAUGUAUGACUACCAAGGGAGAUCCUAUCUUCACAUACCUCAGGAUGUUGGUGUUAAUCUUCGGUCCACUGUGCCACCUGAGAAGUGUUACCUUCCCAAAAAACAAAUUCAUGUGUGGUCUGGACAUACAAAGGGCGUCAGUGCCGUCAGAUUAUUUCCUCUCUCUGGCCAUUUAUUGCUGUCUUGUUCCAUGGACUGUAAAAUUAAGCUAUGGGAGGUUUACGGAGACAGACGCUGUCUGCGAACAUUUAUUGGCCACAGCAAAGCCGUUAGGGACAUCUGCUUUAAUACUGCAGGAACGCAGUUCCUCAGCGCAGCUUAUGACAGGUACCUUAAGCUCUGGGACACUGAGACAGGACAGUGUAUAUCAAGAUUUACAAACCGAAAAGUGCCCUAUUGUGUCAAAUUUAAUCCCGAUGAAGAUAAGCAAAAUCUCUUUGUAGCUGGUAUGUCUGAUAAAAAGAUUGUGCAGUGGGACAUUCGAAGUGGAGAAAUUGUGCAGGAGUAUGACCGGCAUUUGGGAGCUGUCAACACCAUUGUUUUUGUGGAUGAGAAUAGGAGAUUUGUGAGCACAUCUGAUGAUAAGAGCCUAAGAGUUUGGGAAUGGGAUAUCCCUGUGGAUUUCAAGUAUAUAGCAGAGCCCAGUAUGCACUCCAUGCCUGCGGUGACUUUGUCUCCAAAUGGGAAAUGGCUAGCAUGUCAAUCAAUGGACAACCAAAUCUUAAUUUUUGGAGCACAGAACAGAUUUAGAUUGAAUAAGAAAAAAAUUUUUAAGGGCCAUAUGGUCGCGGGUUAUGCUUGUCAGGUGGACUUUUCACCAGACAUGAGCUAUGUGAUUUCAGGAGAUGGAAAUGGAAAAUUGAACAUCUGGGACUGGAAGACCACAAAACUCUAUAGUCGAUUUAAAGCUCAUGAUAAAGUGUGUAUAGGUGCAGUGUGGCAUCCUCAUGAAACAUCUAAAGUCAUAACAUGUGGUUGGGAUGGUCUCAUUAAAUUGUGGGAUUAAUGAGAUUAAUCCUUAUCUAGGCUCAUUUUUUGAUCCAAUUUCAUAUUUAACUAUAUUUAAUUAUUAAAUGUGUUGGACGACAACUCGAUUUACAAAUUAUGAUUUCCUUACAUGGCCUUAUGAAGUUGACCCAUUGUUUAAAAAUAUUUUUUUUUUGUAAAUUUGGCUCAUAUAAUUUCAUUGGCAACUUCAUUUUGUUCUUUAUAGAUGUUAUUUAUACAGAGAAUGACCAUUGACUUUCUAUGUGGUGAGUAGUUGUUGGCAGGCAGUUUGGGUUUACCCCCCUUGACAUACUGAAAGGAUCUCUUUGGAGCUGAGGAAGAAUCCCUGGUUGAUUUGGUGUUUUAAAGGAGGUAAUACAAUUAAUGACAAAUAAUUCUGAAAGGCACCGUGUUUACCUCUUCAACAAAAAGGGAGGUAAGGAACAGAGACGAUGUUAUUUAAUGUGAAUCUGAAAGAAGGUAAAACCACCCACAAUUACUGUUCCCAUUAUUUUUGGUUGGUCAAGUUCAGAUCUUUUGGAUUCAAGAGUUCUAUUUUUUAUGACAUAUAUUGUAUGUUUACUUGUAAGCCAGCAAUCUUCUCUGACUGCAGCAUUCCUCUAACUAUUAAACAAUGGAAAAUAAACAGUCCAGAGUUUUUUCCUUGGCUUUCUUCCCAAUCAGUAUAGAUAGGACUAUAUAUAAGCAGAGAAUUAUGUUAUUUUUGAAGGUGAAACUCAAGAGAAUUGAGUCAAGACUUUGAGUUUUAUUUGUAUUUACUAUAUGUAAGGACCUGGCUACACUUCCAGAAAUCAGGGUCUCCUAGGUCAUCGAUUCACAGAUGUUACUACUGAAAUACUCCUCAUAGGAGCUAGGGUAUAAGGGCAUCAUCCAAAAUGUCAACUUGUAAUUUCUUUGAAGUGGUAUGUUUUAUCUUUAAAAUUACUCUGAUUUUGCUUAUGAAUAUAUGCAACAGAACUUUUUAAAGAUUAGAAAAAUUUUUAACUUCUUUCCAAAUCUUUGAAUAAAAUUGACACUCCAGAAAGAUGGCUAUGGUUCCCCUGUUUGAGAAGCAAUAACUGGUUGGUUUAAAAAAAAAAAAAAGUUUAAGAACUUCAGAUUGUGAAA